AUAACUGCACUGACUUAAAGAUUUUACGCUUAAGUGACGGUAUGUUUUAUAGGGUUAUGUUACAUUAAUAAAAGUAAUACUUAAAUAUAUAUUUCAAAUACACAUGCAGACAUUCAUGUCGGUAAAUGAGACGUAAACAACCACAAAAAGAAUAUUCGUUAGAAGAUUUCGUUGGAAAACAUAAAAAGAGAAUUACGCUUUAGGAAAAGAGAACCUACAAGAAAGUUUCGGUAGGAUGUUUGCAUUGGCUGUCUUGAAGAUAAUAGCUGUUUUGUCCAGUGGUUUCUACUUUCAUGGAUUUAUUUAUAUGAGCGAGAUAGAACAUCCAGCCAGACGGAACCUACCAAUUACUGCUUUUUUGAUGCAAUGGCGCCAAAGUUUUGAUAUCGCAAAGAUGUUUUUCGUUCCGGUAGAAGUUGUGGUUAUGAUCUCUACUCUUUUGCUAUACUUUAUGGAUCCCAUUGAGCAAGCUAGUUUAUGGCUGAUAUGUCCGACCUGUAUAUUAGCUGUUAUGGUAUGGUCAAUUACGAACAUUAUCCCAGAUUUACAACGCACAAUUAGUGAUGACGUGCUUGAAAACAAAGGGCCCCAGUGGAUCAUAACAACUGUUGAUUCGAUCAUGAAACGACAUUACCUUCGAACAGCCUUGUCUUUAGUGGUACACUUGACGGUAUUGUUACUCUCUUGUUAGGAACAAUAAACUUAUUUUGUGGGGACAUUAUAUGAGGUAUUGAUUCAAAACAAGUUUGUAAUCAUUCAUAUGUAAGUAGCCAAACAGUAAUGGCCUCAGUGGGACAUAUGUAAGUGAAAAAUGUGUUUGUAUAGUUAUCUUUAAGCUGUUGUGGAAGUUUUACUCGCACUUGUACAGAUAUGUUUUUAUGCCCCCGAAGGGAGGCAUAUAGUUUUUGAACCGUCUGUCUGUCUGUCGGUCUGUCCGCAUUUUUCGUGUCCGGUCCAUAUCUUUGUCAUCGAUGGAUGGAUUUUUAAAUAACUUGGCAUGAAUGUGUACCACAGUAAGACGACGUGUCGCGCGCAAGACCCAGGUUCGUAGCUCAAAGGUCAAGGUCACACUUAGACAUUAAGGGAUAGUGCAUUGGUGGGCGUGUCCGGUCCAUAUCUUUGUCAUCGAUGGAUGGAUUUUCAAAUAACUUGGCAUGAAUGUGUACCACAGUAAGACGACGUGUCGCGCGCAAGACCCAGGUCUGUAACUCAAAAGUCAAAGUCACACUUAGACAUUAAGGGAUAGUGCAUUGAUGGGCGUGUCCGGUCCAUAUCUUUGUCAUCGAUGGAUGGAUUUUCAAAUAACUUGGCAUGAAUGUGUACCACAGUAAGAUGACGUGUCGCGCGCAAAACCCAGGUCCGUAGCUCAAAGGUCAAGGUCACACUUAGACGUUAAAGGUCAUUUUUCAUGAUAGUGCAUUGAUGGACGUGUCCGGUCCAUAUCUUUGUUAUUCAUGCAUGGAUUUUAAAAUAACUACGCAUGCAUGUGUGACACAGUAAGACGACGUGUCGCGCGCAAGACCCAGCUCCGUAGGUCAAAGGCCCUAAACUCUAACAUCGGCCAUAACUAUUCAUUUAAAGUGCCAUAGGGGGCAUGUGUCAUCCUAUGGAGACAGCUCUUGUUUUUUUUCAGUGAAUUAUGUGUGAAAUGUUCAUAUUCGGAAACAAGACAUACUAUGAUUAAAACAAGAUAUACAAAAUAUAUUACAAGAAAACUUAUAUACAAACCUAAAAAAAAAAUGUUUGUUUCCGGUAUCCCGACCUACCCUAAAUCUUUGGCCUGACCCUAAAUGUUUUUAUGGCCUUGGAAAGUUUUUUUUUAUUUAACAAAAAGCUGCAAAACAGCACUUUUUAUGCUUUAAACAUGGUCAGUGAUGAUAGAAAUCAACUUAUAUAUACUGCAAAGGCAUAACCCCCUUAUUUGUAAUCAUUUUUGACAGAGAAAGAAUUUCCAAAAAGUCUAAUUUACCGGAAACAAACAGUUCACUUUUUUAAGCCUUAUAAUUAUGUAUGUAGUCGGAAAAUACUAGCAAAGAAGAAUGUUGAUCUAGGUCAUAUAGCACUGCUCGAAAAUAUGAUUUUGAAAUGUAAAGCUUAACCCUAUAUCUCUGAUUCACAUUAAAUAAAUAAUUAAUAUGAAUUAUUGAUA